CGGUUUCUUGGAUCUGCUUCUUAUCUCUCUCAAAAUGUCUUCUAUUGCUGCACUCGUCUCCAGGUCGUCUCGGACCGCGCCGCUGGCUGCCAGCGCGCGGUGGAGGGCCGUUGCGUCGCGGCGCAUGUUGGCGACGGCGGUCACUGGCGCUGCCCCGUCGACUCGCAAGGUAUGGGACUCGGCCGAAGAGGCUGUCAAGGAUGUCAAGUCCGGGGAUGUCAUCCUGAGUGGAGGGUUUGGACUGUGCGGUGUGCCAGAAACUCUUCUGGCCGCACUUUCAAAACGACAGGGUAUUACUGGCCUGACUGCUGUGUCUAACAAUGCUGGCGCUGGCGAUAAAGGUCUUGUUCACCUCAUGCGCGCCAACCAGCUUGAGAAGUUGAUGAUCUCAUAUCUUGGAGGAAACAAGUACCUUGAGCAGCAGUACCUAGAGGGCAAGAUGUCUCUCGAGCUUGUCCCCCAAGGAACUCUCGUAGAGCGUAUCCGCGCGCAUGCUGCUGGUAUUCCUGCUUUCUACACCCCAACUGGAGCGUCGACACCUGUUGAACUCGGUAGCAUACCCAUUCGAUUCAACGACGGCGGCUUCAAGAGCGGUGUUAAGAUUAAGGGCAACCCUAAGACAUCGCGAGUUAUUGACGGCAAGAAGUACAUUCUGGAGCCUGCUAUUGCGGGUGAUGUUGCCCUCGUUCACGCCUGGAAGGCAGAUGAGGUUGGCAACUUGAUCUUCAGAUAUGCUGCCAACAACUACAAUGGUGCUAUGGCACGAAACGCCAAGUUGACUAUCGUCGAGGCGGAAGAAAUUGUCCCAGUCGGUUCUCUCGAUCCGAACGAAGUCCACGUUCCUGGGAACUACGUUAACCGUAUCAUCAAAGCCACGGCACCAAAGCUCAUCGAGACCUUGACCACUGCACCUCCCGAAGGGGCGACCAAGGGUGGCCCUUCAGCUGACGACCUGCUCACCAAGAGUGUCCGCAGGCGGAUUGCCAAGCGCGCUGCGCUGGAGUUGAAGGACGGCUUUUACGUGAACUUGGGUGUCGGCAUCCCCACCUUGGUGACGGAAUACCUGCAGCCUGGUGUGAAGAUUUGGUUGCAGAGCGAGAACGGAAUCCUUGGCAUGGGCCCCUUCCCACCUCCACACAGGGUCGAUGCCGACGUUAUCAAUGCUGGCAAGGAGACUGUCACGAUGCUGCCCGGUGCGGCAACCUUUGACUCUAGCGAAUCGUUUGCAAUGAUUCGCGGCGGCCAUGUCGACGUUUCUAUUCUUGGAGCCAUGCAAGUCUCGCCGGCAGGAGACAUUGCCAACUUCAUGGUCCCAGGGAAGCUUGUGAAGGGUAUUGGUGGCGCCAUGGACCUCGUCUCCAACCCAGACAAGACCAAGGUGAUUGUUGCGAUGGAGCACUGCGCAAAGGACGGCAGCCCCAAGAUCGUCGAGAAAUGCACGCUGCCUCUGACUGGCGCACGGGCUAUCAGCCAGAUUGUGACUGACUUGGGUGUCUUUGACAUCGACCGGCAAGCUGGCAAGAUGACGCUCAUUGAACUUGCUCAGGGCGUCACUGUCGCUGAGAUCAAGGCCAAGACUGGUGCGCCAUUCGAGGUCGGGAGUGAGGUCCGGGAGAUGAUCUAGAUAGGACGAUAGAAGCGUAAAUUAUGAUGUAUACCAGCCAUUUUCUUUCCUUGUGUUUCCCAUGCAUAAUGUGUUUGUAUCGUACCUUGGCAUCGUGGCAUGCAAUUUUAUUCUGUUCUGCAUC